AUGGCAACGAUCCUGAAUAUGGAAUUCCCAUCGUCCGAUGAGGAUGACGAAAAUUAUGAUGUCGAAGAAAGCCUGAAAAAGGAGUUAUGUGGAGAUGACCUAUCAGAUGAUUUGAAGGAAGAGUUAGAGGGUGAAGCAAAACUACUCAGGGAGGAAUUCGGAAAGGGCAAAAGAAAUAAAAGGAGAAAUGAAGGAACUCCAAGAAAGAUAAAAAAUGCCAUAAAGAACUCCAUUAUUAAAGAAAAAAUAGAAAAAACAUUCAACGAAAUUAACAAAGAAUAUGAACAAUUAUAUACACAUGAAAAAUCAGUUAGUGAUGAAGAUUUCCUUCUCCAAUUUCAUAAAAAAUAUCCACAAGAAGAGAAAAAUUACAACACGAUAGAAAAAUUGUAUAAUCAUUUGAAUAAAUACUCAGCCAUGCAAGUAUCACCUCAUUCGCACACAGUGGAAGAUAAAAAUGAAACUGAGAUGAGCAUCAAAACAUUUAAGCAGAAAUGUCGAAACGAGAAUAAUUCUAACGAUAUUUCAAAUGUUGUAAAGACAGCUUUGGAAAGCUUUUAUGAAAAUAAUUCAGUACAUAUAGAAAAGAAAUAUAUGUAUGCAGGGAAAAUCUACACUGUCAAAAAAAAAAUCGACAAAACUUCUUCCUCUUACAAGCGUUACCUCAAGAUGAAGGACAAAAUGAACAUAGGUGGCAAUUUUGCAAAUAUUGAUCAACUUGUUCAAAAUAUACAAGAAAAUAAACAAAUCAAUACUGUCGACAAAUCAACGGAAGAUUGGGCUUAUUACAAAAUGGCGAAUUCGAUAGAUGAUGAAAAGCUAAAGGCAAAUCAAAAUUAUUUGGAAAAUAAAUUUUUUAGCGAAAAUGUAGAACGGAAAUUGUACGAAAAUAAAAUUAAAAAGAAUACCUCCUAA